UACCACGAGACUACGUCGUGAUUCUUUUUCCUAUGGACACUCGUGAUUUAUCUAUGUGUGCAGUUUGACUCAGCAUCAAUUCCUUUUACACCAUCUUCACAGGUAGCGGCUACCACUUCCGUUUGCUCACUUCCGUUUCGCGCCUUGUCGUCCGCCAUUAUUGCUUUGUUCUUCCUUGUGUUCACUGUCCUAGGUUGCGCGGCAGUUUUAACGGGUUUGGAGACCCGAGGUUGUACAUCGCGGGUUCCGUGAUGGAUGAUACAACUGAAUGUUAUGUACCAGCAGACAAGUUCCUCAUUGUAAAGUUUCCAAAGGAGGACAAUGAGGUGGCUGUCAUCCCAGACAGUUGGAUGUUGUCUGAAAAUCAGUGCUACUGGCCACCAGAGAAAGAGGAAAGAAAGAUUGGACUGUAUGUUCGUAAAAGGCGAACCUCUACAUAUGGCUGGCGAAUCAUUUCUUGCAUCAAGAUCGCCGAGUAUGACACAUACAGUGAGGCCCGAGAAAUGCUCCCAGUGGCAGAAAAUACAUCUGACUUGAACCCUGACGACAAGUAUGGGCGGGGAAUGAGAAAACGCUUCUCAGUCAUACGUAGCAGUGAUGAAGACUCUCCACCUCUGUCCUCUCAAAGGCACAAGCAACAUUGUACUCGCCGUAACCGCAGCCUGAGUCAGCCUCCGUUAACCUUGAACAGGGGCUCUCCAACCUUUAUGGCUGAAGAUGAAGAUGAUGACCUGACCUUUGACGCAUCAUCAGUGCAUCAACCUUUGCGGUCCCUUUCUCAGCCCGUUGUAACCGGCCGUUCAAGCUCUGAUGCAGCUGACAGUCGUGCUCAGGAGUCAAGCUUCGGAAAAUCCAGGCACACCGGUGCCUCUUGCAACAAGGCAGUGCCACUGAUGCGGCGCUCGGGGACGAAUUUGAGGAUGCCAUUAGCCUCCCUACCUGCAAAUCAGUGCAAGGCCACCACAGCCACAGAUUUCUGUGCAGCAAAUCAACACCGUGACCUGAAUCAACAUCGUUACCCUGUUGAUGAGCUGGAGCAUAGUGGAUCCGAAUGGCAGAGGGCAGGUCCAUUCAGGGGAAGCUGUGGAUCAACUAGCUCGGGUGAACGCUUCUCGCCCCUACCUUCAAUUUCAAGUACCCGAAGAACUGAGGAGCCUGCAAUGGCAUCAGAGUUUGAGAAGAAAGUGCUGCGCUCGUUGAACGUCAUCCAGCUACGUCUGGCUGAGCACUCUGAGCAACUUGACGCAAUUGCUGAAUGCCUGCAGCAGCCUUGCUCUUCAGAUACAACCACGACCUUUGAGCAGUUGACAGAUGUUGAAUCAUUUUUGCACUUCGACGAUGAGCUGAAGACGUCACCAGAGAAGCGCGAGUCAUUGCGCAAGUUCAUGACAACACUGGGAGGCAACAACACCGGUGACAGAGUACGGCGGAUUCUCUACCAUCUCCUGUCAGACGAGGUCGCUGUGUGCUUUAAUUGGACUGGGACAGGGUCAAAGGAAAAGUUCCAAUCACUUCAGCUCAGAGCUAUCAUGCUAAGUUCACUCACGACCCCACCGGCAGCUGCAACAGCAUCUGACAUCGAGAAAGUCACUCAAACAUGGCUAAGACAUGCGAACGAAAGGUUGCAGAAAAAGAAGAGUCACAGCGGCACCUCUGCUACCUGCUAA